GCUGAAGGGCUUGUUGCGCAUAUCGAGACUCAAUUGGCUGUGGACCAACGGUGGGAGAUUGGUGGGCCAGAGUACCAACAUUUUAAGGAGGAGGCGUCCCUGGGUAAGUACCGCACUGCCCUAGACGAGCUCGAGCGUCUCGUGGUGAUGAGGCUAUUUGAACUCUCCAAACUUUCAUUAUCGGGCACAGGGUAUAAGCUACGUCAGCAGCUCGGCAAGGCUCUACAAUGUCGUUUGGAAGCCAUCCAUAAUGCUAUUAACCGCUACAACACACAGGCCACAGCCCUAAACCCACCGCGUUCCAAGAUCUCUUGGAAAGAUAUCGCUGAUUAUGGUUUUCUAGCCGAAUUUGAUCUCUUGCGAUAUUCCCGCAAUGAUAUUCGAAGCAGUGCUUGGUCAAAGCCAGGACAUCGAGAAGCGACCACUAAAUUCUUCAAACUUUGUCAAGCGCGUGAAGAAAUCACUAGACUCAAUGUUGAAGUCCGCCGUUUGCGCACCGCCAUUCGCGAUGAAGAAUGUCAUAUGCUUACCGUCAUACAAGAACUUCUAGUUUCAGAUCCGCACCUAGGCCAUGAGCUGCAACGCCAACACCGUUCGCGCAGCUAUCAAUGCGGUGCAUUGCUACUGCUUGGAUCGCAUAGAGAGUCUUGCGGGUUUUUCUGGAGUCAGGGGUGUUGGUGUCCGCGCUGAGCGUGCUGCUGAUGUUGCUGACCGAGGUAUGUUUGAUUGGCAUACUCGGAUGUCAUGCUAAUGUUUUCACAGGUCAACUGAACGAUCUUGCAGAUAUCUCGCCAACCAUUGAUACUGAGGAUACUGACAUUGAUGCUAUUGAUCGCGAAGAACAAGACACAUUGACGGAGGACAUGGCUGACUUUUUACAGUCAAUCAUUGACUAACUUGGGCACCACCUACAUACCGCAAUGUGUACCUUUAGUUUAUCGCUUCAUAAUUCAUAACUUUGCCAU